GGCAACGAAACAGCAAAAAAAGCAUUUUCAUGCAAGCCAGCAGCCAGCAUCAACAAGGCGCCAGGGAUCAUCUGGUGGGACGAGUGUGUUACAUUGAGGCGCUUCACCAUCAUGGGCAUUCCAUUGUACAGAGAGUCUAUCAAUGCCUCAAAACCAGGCAAUGGUGGCCUUGUCGUCAAAGUCCCCGCUAGCUGUCCCUACGUAGAAGCAUUCGCGGCGCGACACGAAGAAGGCACAGGGUCAGGCGCGUCACGGGCGAGAGCACAGGCGACUGCAUUGAGACUUCAGGCACAACAUCACCACCACCACCAUCAUCACCACAAUCAACAACAUGCUCGUGUGGCGCGGUCGCAGGAAGACGAUGACCGCCAAAGGCGACUUUACCUCUCUGCGCGACGGAAUGGCGCGCGGGUCCAAACAUUGACCGCUGCACAGAGUCGGUCUGGUUCAUCAAGUGGGGACGAAGGUGACGAGGGUAGAGAUCCUGGUGUGAUGAGUGCACAGGUGGAUGGGAUGGACAUUGAGAUGCAUAUGGACAUGCAGACUGGAGAAACAUGGACGACGCCUGCUGAGCGAGAUCAGUCUGUGCCCCGGCAACGACACAGAGCGCGUCAGGUGCCUGUGCUGUUGCGGCAGUCGCCGGCGUCCAGCUCGAGUGGUGAGGCUGGUCUGAUGGUUGAAGCUGCAACGGGCACAUUUACCGAAGAGGAGCGGCGGUCGAUGCGGGAGGAGCUGGCGCAGCACGGCGAGAGGUAGGCUUGCGAUGUACAAUGAAUACUGAACUAGUACUUGUCCUGUGCAUGCAACAAGAGUGGCCAGCUGAUCUGGAUCUUGCCGGUGUUCUUCUAUGGAGCAACCUUACCACGAGUAAUAUGCCAAAAGAGAUGCUAGAAAGGAGAGAAAAGAGCCUGCUAUAAGGGACGUCGUGCUCAGCUGCGACUAUUGUCAAUGCCAAUCCCGGACCAUGCUAAUAAGGUUCAGUUUGGUCAUGGACAACGUCCCCAGGUCUUUCGAUGUGUAUCUCACCCAAGGAUUGCCUUCAGUGCGCUCUUCUACCUCUGGUGGCCAGAUGAUGGUCGCAACUGCUUCAAAGACCUGGAGACCUUGGUACAAGCAUGCUAGGAUUAUGAGCACCUUAGAGGUGAUUUUGCAGCUCCUCGUUAAUACUUCAAGCACCUGAGCACGACCAC